GGCGUUCUGUGCCGGAAUCGUAUAAAUUUAUGUAAUCAGUCGUCCGGCUGGAGGCACGUCGAGUGGAGGUCUUACUUGUUUUGUACUUAGAGUCGUCACUAAUAUAUUUCUGUAAAUAAUGGAUAAGAUGCCCGAGGAAGAGGAUGUGUCCCCGAUGUCAUCGGCUCCCGCCACGCCCUCAUCUCCGUACGAGUUGAAGAUGUUGCCGCUGUUCAUGGACUUUGAGGAAUUUAACAUUUGCAUGCCAGCUCCCUUUUCCUACGAUGACAAAGCCAUGUUGGAGCGGAAUAGCUGUGACUACACCCAGAAGAUCACCUACCAAAUGGCCAGAGCCGGACAAACCACCCGCAGGGUGCGUGUCUACGCCGAUGGCAUCUACGACCUGUUCCACCAGGGCCAUGCCCGACAGCUAAUGCAGGCGAAGAACAUCUUUCCAAACGUUUACCUCAUUGUUGGUGUGUGCAACGAUGAGUUGACACUCCGGAUGAAGGGACGAACGGUCAUGAAUGGAUACGAACGCUAUGAGGCAGUGCGUCACUGCCGAUAUGUGGAUGAGAUCGUUCCGAAUGCUCCCUGGUCGCUGAAUGACGAGUUCCUCGAAGACAACAAAAUCGACUUUGUGGCCCACGACGAUAUCCCUUAUGGAGCUGGUGGAGUCAACGACAUCUAUGCUCCUCUCAAAGCGCGCGGCAUGUUUGUUGCCACGGAGCGCACCGAGGGCGUAUCCACCUCGGACAUCGUGGCCCGGAUCGUGAAGGACUACGAUGUAUAUGUGCGUCGGAACCUGGCCAGAGGCUACUCGGCCAAGGAGCUCAACGUCUCGUUCCUGUCCGAGAAGAAGUUCCGGCUGCAGAACAAGAUGGACGAGCUGAAAUCGCGCGGCAAACGGGAGCUGACCAAAGUCAAGGUAGACAUCAUCACCAAGUGGGAGGAGAAAUCGCGCGAGUUCAUUGACGCCUUCCUGCUGCUUUUUGGCAGGGAGAGACUCAAUAGCUUGUGGAACGAAUCCAAGGGCAGGAUCAUCCAAGCCCUCAGUCCACCCGGCAGUCCAAAUGGCUCAAUUAACGGCGACGAUUCAGAUGGGAAGGACCGCGAUGACGAGUCUGAUGACGAGUACUUGGAGCUACCCGUCGAAUACGGGUCGGCGGGGAACCAAGAGCGUAGCGGCUUGAAUCGGCGCUGCCCUGCAAACCGUUCUUUGGAUACCUACAAAGAGGAAGCGGAAAAUAACCUAGAGUACGAACGACGUAGCAAUUGAUUGCGGUAUUUGCUUGCUGCCAUUCCAAAUUCCAUUCUUUUUAUCCCUUCAAAUGCGGAUGUAAAUUAAUUGUUUGUAAUUGGUUACGAGAACAAAACAACUAUGGCCCGACCUCUUCACUCUUCGAUUUGUGGGAUAGUGCUCGAUAGUACAAGAGGUUAUUUGAAUGUCACUGUGUACAAAUAUGUCUUUAGCACUGUUAAAUAUACUCUUAACAAG